GCAUAAGCGGUGAUUUGUGCGUAAAGAGCAGCACUAGAAGAAAUCCAAAAUUUUGACGAUUGAAUGAAUGGGAAGCGAUCAUAUACUUCAUCAUCCAUCACACAUACUCGCAAAAGUAGAUAGGUUCUCCAAGCAAGAACCGCACGCUACACACAUACAAACAACAUAAUGUCAUUCAGAGGUGGACGAGGUGGAGCAGGAGGAAGAGGAGGAGGAGGUUUUAGUCGGGGAGGAGGCUUCGGUGGACGUGGUGGUGGUAGAGGAGGAUAUGGAGGAGCACCACAAGGACCACCAGAUCGUGUUCAAGAGAUGGGCGCAUUCGUUCAUGCAGUAGAAGGUGAAAUGUUAUGUUCAAGUACGGAUGCAAAACAUGUUCCUUAUUUUAACGCACCAAUUUAUUUGGAAAAUAAAUCACAAAUUGGAAAAGUUGAUGAAAUUUUAGGUCCAAUAAACGAAGUUUUUUUUACCGUUAAAAUGGACGCUGGAAUGCAAGCUACUUCGUUCAAGAAAGACGAUAAAGUUUUCAUCGGUGGUGAUAAACUUUUACCUGUCGAACGCUUCUUGCCUAAACCAAAAGCUCUAACAAAAGGACCAAAACCAAAACGUGGCGGCGGUGGCCGUGGUGGUGGUAGAGGAGCACCAAGAGGAGGAAGAGGUGGAUUCGGUGCACGAGGUGGCGGCUUUGGCGGACGUGGUGGCAGUCGUGGUGGUGCAAGAGGUGGCUUUGGCGGAGGUGGCCGUGGAGGUGGCUUUGGAGGAGGUCGUGGUGCUCCCCGCGGUGGAAGUCGUGGUGGUUUCAGAGGCGGAAGAGGUGGAUAUUAAUCUCGUUCUCUGUCUAUUGUUCUGCAUCUCAUUUCUUCUUCUUCUUCGCACACGAUUGUAUAAUGUAUCACUUUGACUGAAAAUACCAAGUGUCUAUGUAUUAUGCGG